AUGACGCGCCUCGGCACCCUCCGAGCAUAUUACCUCGGCGCCGUCUGUUGCAUCGCCGGCUUCCUCUGUACUGCUGCCCCACCCCACCCCUCAUCUCCCCCAUCUCGACAUCGACAUCGACAUCGACAUGGCUAACGUGCAUCCCCAGUCGGUUACGACAGCGGCAUCAUCGGCGGCGUGCUCACCCUCAAGUCUUUCAUGAUCGAUUACGACUACGGUAAAGCCGAUCAGACACGCAUCAGCUCCCUCGCCGUCGCCCUCCAGCAACUCGGCGCACUCGUCGCCUGCUUCGCCAUCUGGCCCGUCACUCACCGCUGGGGCCGCAAAUGGAGUCUCAUCGUCUGCUCCAUCAUUCACAUCGUCGGCGCUACCAUCCAGACCGUCAACACCCACUCCCGAGCCGCCUUCUUCGUCGGUCGCGUCAUCGCUGGGCUGGCCCUGGGCGGUAGCAGCGUCGUCGUUCCCAUGUUCUCCGGCGAGAUGGCUCCCAAGCACAUUCGCGGCCAAGUAGGAUCCUUCUAUCAGCUCAUGUUCACCCUCGGCAUCUUCACCUCCUACUGGAUUGACUACGGUGUUGCCAAACACAUCCCCAAAACCCAAGCGCGCCAGUGGCAGAUCCCACUCGGUCUGCAGAUCCUUCCCGCAGCUCUCUUGGGCCUCGGCAUGCUCACGCUGAAAGAAUCUACUCGCUGGCUCACGAGCAGAGGCCGCUACGAUGACGCCUGGGAGUCCCUCACAUGGAUUCGUGCCGACUCGAGCGAAGAGACACAUCUCGAAAUGGACGAGAUUCGCGCCGGCGUGGAGUACGAGGCGCACGCAAAGCGCGGCUUCCACUUCAAGGAGCUCCUCGCUCCGUGCAACUUGAAGCGCCUUUCCACCGCCGCAGCAGUCUUCACCGCCCAGCAGGCUACUGGUGCUACAGCUUUCGCUUACUACGGCCCUCAGUACUUCAAACUACUCGUCGGCUCCAAGGACAACACCAGUCUCCUUCUCACUGCCAUCUUCGGAGCCGUCAAAGUCGGCGCCUGCUUGCUCUUCGUCCUCUUUGUGGCUGAUAAUGUUGGACGACGAUACAUCCUUACCGCCGGUGCCCUUUUCAUGGCAGCCUGCCAAAUCAGCGCAGCAGCAGUGCUCAGAUCCUUCCCCGCACCCAAGACUCCGAGUUCCGAUAUAUCGCACUCCGGAAUAGCAGCCAUCGCUCUGAUCUAUCUCUUCGUCAUCGCAUACAACUUCUCCUGGGGCCCUCUGCCUUGUGAGUAAGCCCUCUGGAUGUCCGCACUUUCCAUGUCGGAAGGAUAUUGAUUGUAGAUGAUAGGGCCUUACGUCGCCGAGAUCUUUCCACCUCGCAUUCGAGAACCCGGGAUUGGCGUCGGCGUUGGGUUCCAGUGGCUUUUCAAUUUCGGUAUGUGGUUACCCAAGCCCCUGUCGAGCCUUCAUCCUCCAUCUCUUUGCUGAUAGGUCAAUAUAGUCUUCUCCCUGACAACACCAUACAUGAUUCGCAACAUGGGAUGGGGUACUUUCCUCCUCUGGGGUGUCUUUGACAUUCUCAUCGCCAUCUACAGCUGGUUCGGUCUCACUGAAACUCGCGGCCGAACGCUUGAGGAGAUCGCCGCACAAGGUAGAAGUGGAGUCGCGGACGCUGUUCCGACGCAGCUGAAGAGGGAGCAGAGUGGGGAAAGCGAGCGGCACAUUGACAGCGUUAGCGACAGUGGAAGGCAUCUGAUGUAUCAAGGAGAGGAUAGCAAGCGCAUUCCGAAGUAUAGCAUCUCCCGGCCCUUCACGGAAUCGGAAUAG